AUGGCUAUCACAGGAUGCAUGCGAACUACACCUACUGGAGCCUUAGAAACAAUGCUAAAUCUUCCGGCUCUACACGUCUUUAUAAAACAAGAGGCGGCCUCCGCCGCAGUAAGGUUGAAGACACUAAAUCUUUGGAGAACCAAUCAACCCGCACACCCAGAGGUCCUAACUGAGGUGAUUGAAAAGGAGCCUCUGCUGCUCGCGGUAAGUGACAGGUCUCCAAAGGAAUACAUAUUCGAUAAGAAAUACAAAAUACAGUUGUAUGAAGAACCAAAACAGGACUUUAAUGUUAUAGACCUCAGGAUUUUCACCGAUGGCUCGAAAACAAGAUCUGGUACAGGAUACGGAGUGUUCUCGGAAGAUCUUAAUAUAAAAAUAGCCGCACCACUAGGAGCUCAGAACACUGUCUUACAAGCGGAGUGCAUGGGUAUCAUAGAAGCGGCCACAGCUACUUUGGCACGAAAGGUAAAGGAUUACUCAAUCCGCAUCCUCUCAGAUAGCAAAUCAGUACUACAAGCUCUUCAAAGCAACACUAUCACCUCAAAGCUAAUAUACGACUGUCACCAGUAUCUGACGGAGUUAUGUGCAAAUGGCAACCAGGUAACUCUUCAAUGGAUAAAGGGUCACAGUGACUCACGCGGCAACGAUGCUGCGGAUGAACUGGCCAGGAAAGGCUUGGAGAUGAUAGCAAUAGGACCAGAUCCAAUCGUCCCCCUCCCCUCUAGAUGGCCUACAAUGGUCAUACGAGAACAUACCAAGGAAUUACAGAGUAAAUACUGGACGGAAGUGAGAGGGUGUAGACAAGCAAAAGAGGCCCUACUCCAAGAAGACAUCACAAGAACUGAACAAUAUAGGAAGAGAUAG